GAACUGCUAGCCGUCGGUGUGUGUUGUUGUUGAAGCAAUGAUGGCGGCAGCGGGAUGCGGAUCAGCAACCGCGGCUGCCGUAGGAGGCCAAGGUGGAACCGCUACGGCCAGAGGUCGUUUCCCCGGUCGGCCUUGGUCGUCACGCAGUCGUUUGCGCUCUGAGAAGCGAUGGCAACUUGGACGAUCAGGCUUAGAAGCUGAUGAUGUGACUAACGGAGGGCCAAGGCCCGCAAACCUGGUUCUGUCGUUAAACGAAGACCAGUCUCACUUGCGCUUACUUGGGAUAGAGGCGAGCCACAAGAUCCUUGGCCAGGCUGGAUACAGCUCUAGUGGGAGUGAAGAGGUGAGGUCCCAAACCGAACCAGGAGGGGAUGACUUUAGAGGAUUUGAAGCUGAGAGAAAAGGCUCCAAAGGGCCUGUAUGGUCUCGACAAAACCCUUCAAAAGGUGAUGCUGUCAACGCAAAAUCUAAACGACAAAGUGAGAAGCUACUGCUUAAAACGCCAGCAGUGGAGGCAGCUAUUACCCCACCUGAUCCAGCAAAAGAUGUAAAAUCAUUGGAGGAAGUUCACGGCUUAUCUCCUGAAGCAGAGCCUGCAAAGGAUUGUCGGAAAGGUUCGAAAGGAAAAAACACUAUGGAUCGACAGUCCACUAAAAGCGGAGCCUCAUCAGCAGCACCAAGGAUUACUAUUAAGUUGGUGGCCAAAAAGAAAAUGAAAACUGUAAAGGAGCCUCAUAAAAAAUCUGUGAAGAAGUUGAAGAUAAAAGGAGUUCAGGAUCAGUCUAAAACCAAGGACAUUCAGGGUGAUGAGAUUUCAAGCGCUCAUGUCAAAUUAAAAACGGAACCACAUGAGGAUAAACAUGGCACAGAAGAUAAGGGAGGGGGGAAUGUACCUGCAAGAAGGCGUGGAAGAUCUGCUUCAAAGACAACAGAGCCUGUCUGCCAGACUAGCGCCAAAGUUGUGAUUGAUGACCAAAAAUCAAAAGACAGAAAAUCAGCUGAUCCACUUGACACUGCAAAGGAGAGCGGGACUGAAGAGCCAAAAACAAAUGCAAAGAAAUUAAAGCAUAAGGAAAUUGCAACCGAGCAAAUGUCUGAAGCUAAUCAACUAGUGAUUCGUAGAAGCAAUAGAGUCACUAACCCACUCUCUAAAAGCGUCUCAGACAGUGCAGCUGAACCAGAGAGUUUGAGCAAAAGUGAUGCCGUUCUGGUGGAGUCACAAUCAGAAGUUUCUAGAACAGUGGAGCCAAAACCAUUGUUGAGAGGUGACAGACGAAGGCAAAGCAAGAGGCUGAAUAAGGAUGUUACUGUGCCAGAAAACCAUGGUCUAUCAUCCACAGAGACUGAUAAUUCAGCUGUACAGCCAAGUGACAGUUUGUCUCUGAAAAAAGAGGACAUGAUGGUCCCAAGUUUAAAGUUGAUCCGGGUCAGAAACCCAAAAUAUGAUGCACAGGCCAGUGGGAAGAAUUCAGCUCGAAAGAAAAAACGGAGAAAAUUUAUCUGGUCUUUAACAUUAGUGAAGGGAGGAAGUCAGACACGGGAUGCUGAAAACACUGUCAAAGUAGUAGAGAAGACUGUGAGUGAAGUGGAGCAGUCCACUUUUUGUGACACAAGUGUCAACAAGAGUUUGAAUGGCAUGGAUAAAAAAUCAAAACUGGAUAACUCAACCCCACAGGAGAUUGAAAACACAGACAAUAAUGAGUGUUCCCAAGACAAGGCUGACGUGUCAUUGGAGGAAAAGUCCACUUUACAUGUUGAUGUUGAUGUGGAACACGUAAUUGAAACACCAUCUCCAGAAAUCAGUAAAACUGAUUGCGGAAAAGUUGUCCCACCCCUUCAGAUUAAAAAGGUCUCCUCUCCUGGUAAACAUAAAAGCUCAAAGCCAUCCUUUUUAAUUCAGCAAGUUAGUCCUGUGCCUGAGAAGAAAGAAGAUGUUCUGAAAGAUUCCAGUGAAGUUUGUGAGGAUAAAUCCUCAUGUCUGGAUCCUGAAGUCACACCAGCUAGGAGACUAAGGAGGAGGACAUCAAGCCUUGAUUCACCACAGACAAAGUCUGUCAGUCAUAAGCCAGUGACCACUCAGAAACGGAGACUUAGAACAAGUCCGCAGGAUGAGGAUACUCCGCAGGUGCACGUUGACGAUUCUUCUCAGGUUUCAACUGAAGAUUCCAGCUCACAUGUUCUUCCUGAAAACUCUUGUCAGGUUUUGGCUGAGGACCCCUCACAGGUGACAAGUAUAGGCUCCACUGAAGUUCCUGAUGAGGAUUCCUUAUCAAAGGUCGCUGAGGAUCCUUCACCAGUGCCAGGUGAAACUUCUCCACAGAAGGUGGAGAAUGAGGUAGAACCACAGAUCGAAGAGGCAAAACCAUUGCCUGUGCCUUCCAAACCUAGAAGAUGUAGAAAUAAUAAGUUAGGGAAAAAGAAGUCUGCUCAAAAGAAGAAAGCUGUUGUCGCCCCUGAAACUGCUGCUGAAACUGCUGUUAACACAGAGGUUGCUACAGUUGAAGCUACUAACACAGAGUCUGUACUAAAGGAAGAUACUCAGCCUUUAGUAACAGAGGUAAGUCAGCCAGAAACAAAAGACUGCACCCAGUCAGAGGCAAAACAGGACACUGUGUCAGUGGAAGAAGAGCAGAUACAGGCACCGGUAAAAGAGGAAACAGACAUUCAGCUGAUAGAUAGUCAACAAUCUUUGGUGUCAGAAAGUCAAGCAGAAAGUGAUCCAAAAACACUGUGCCUGCAAAAGAAAUCUCUCAAAAAAGUAAAAAAGAGACGUAAAAGUUUGAUUGGGCAGCGUCAGAAACACAGGCACAGGAGCAGAGAUGGGAAGUUUGCUCCACUUAAAAUAUCUGAAAGUCAGAAAAUUGUUGAAGGGGAUAGCGAAAUUUCCACCCCAUUGGCAGCUACCACGCCAGCCCCAAGCUCCAGACUUAUUGGAGUACAUAAAAAGUACAAAAAGACACAGUCAGGCCUUCAGUUUUUCGGGUCUAAAAGGCCAAAACCACAAUCCAAAAUAAUUUCUAAGCUGAUAGAAAUAGGUCUUGAAAAAGAUAGUUUGAAGCAGGAAGAAACAGAUACGUUGGUUGAUGGGGGACAGGCAGAUGUUGUAGAGACCCCACCUGGUAAAUCAAAGUUUGUAAAAAACAUCAAGCACUUCAUUAUGCCUGUCGUAAGUGCCAGAUCCUCGCGGGUGAUCAAGACCCCGCAAAGGUUCAUGGAUGAUGCUGGAAUGUCCGUAUUGCCUCGAAGAAACUCUCCAAAGAAAGGUGUACAGCUGGGCCUGCAAAUACGUCCAGGAAAGAGACGAGAUGAUGGGACUGGCAGAGCAAUAUCCCCUAUCCUGCCAGUUGACGAUGAGGACAUAUUGAGUGAAGCGCAACUGGAUGUCGAUCUGUUUUCAGCUCAGGACCUGGAGGACAACAUUGAUAUAGCUGACAGCCUAUUUUCUGAGAGAAAAAGUGGCAAAAGUGAAAAGAAGAGGUCUCUUCUAAAGAACUCUAGUUUCAAGUGGCAUGUGCCAGAGGAGUCUAGCGAGGAAGUGUAUACACUGGACAAAACUCCAGAGAACAAAUGUGAGGAUCUGUUUUUAUCUACACCAGUUGAUAAGCCCACAGAACUAUCUACUGACCUCCUGGAUGCUCAGAAAAAGAAAAGUUUCCCUAAGUUUAAUAAACAAACAGCCCACCUCAAGAUUUAUCAAAGGCUAAAGAAGGUGCACACGGUACUUCCCAAAAGCAAAAAUACAACAGAGAUGGACAGUGCAAAUAAACCUCUUCAGCCUCCCGUUGAUUUAGCAGAAGGACUUGAUGAUGAGGCUAUGAGCAUCAGUCUUAGGCAACGGAAUACAAAUGUGGAGCAGGAGAAGGACAAGUCCAAGCUCAAGAUAGAAGACCUUGAUACCCCUGGAGUGGUGAGAAAGGUUUCGGUGUGUGUUAGGACUAUGAACUCCAAGUCCCUUGCACUGCAGCACGGUAAAGAGGAGGAUUUAGCAGGGAAAGACAUUGUCCAACUUCACUCAGGAGAGCUGCAGUCAGAACAGAACUCAGGCACAGGUGAAGGUGAUUACCCUGGGUCCGUGGAGAAGGGAGCUUCACAAAGGGCACGCCUCACUGGUGCAAAUAAAAGAAUGUUCAAUCUCCUCAGGAAAGCCAAGGUCCAGCUCAUUAAAAUUGACCAGCAGAAACAGCUUAAGUCAUCUGGGCUGUUAUCUGGUCCGAGUAGCGCCAGGUCUCGAGAUAUGACCUCCAAGAGACAAAGGAGGAAGCAGAGGGUGCAGCCUGAUGCCGAUGUUCCUGUCAAGACAGAGCCACCUCAAGGACAACCUCAGCUCAUCUCCCCGCUGUGCCAGGAGUUCCGCAGAGCAGGAGGUCCGCGAAUCAAGCACGUGUGUCGUGCAGCAUCUGUGGUGCUGGGGCAGCCUCGAGCGCUGGUACCAGAUGACAUUCCCAGACUGAGCGCCUUGCCUCUGCAUGAAAGAAGUGGCAUUUCCCCAUCAGCCGUCACUAAAGAUGUUGGGUCUCCCUCAGAAUCAGACAGUCCUGGGCUGUCAGAUCCAAAGGUCACCAAGGUCAAGAAGCCGUCGAACUUUGUGAAAAGGAAAGGACUCGGGCCUUUUGGGUAUCGUUCUCGGAGAUGUGGAGUAUGCAAAGGCUGCAACCAUGAGGAGGACUGUGGCAAGUGCAUGAACUGCCUUGACAAGCCAAAGUUUGGUGGACCCAACACCAAACGGCAGUGUUGUGUGUAUAAGAGAUGUGAUCAGAUUGAAGAGAGGAAAGCACGCAGACUCAGUGGAAGAACAGCACCCAAAGGUGCCUCCAAGCGACGGCGAUCUUCGCUUAGCGGGGGUCAUUCAAGUAAUGACGAAGGGAACGAGGGCACUGCAGACUCACCAUCUGGUCUCCAGGGUGACGGCCACAGUCCGUCAGUAAGGAAACAACCAAAGCGUGUUGUGAAACCCCGCGUCUACUUUGACCUGGUAGACUACGACUCAGAUCUAGAUGACAAAGCUGUCUCGAGCUCUGCCUCGCCAGCCAGGAGAAGGGGCUCUGGACACCGUUUCAGUCAAGACUUUGUUUCACUGGAUGGAUUCCUUGGAGACAUUUCAGAUGAUGAAGUCAGGCAUCGCAAGUCCAGUUCACACCGUGUACAACCUGCUCGACGUAAACCUGAGAAGGGUCAGACACCACAGGUUCCUUUGGAACAGACUCCUCCCAGUGUCCUGGCAGCUUUGGCCCAUGGGUUUGAGCAGAGAGAUGUUGAGUCUUCUAAACCUACUCAUAAAAUCAGGGUUGACUUCAAGGAGGACUGUACUUUGGAGAAUGUCUGGAAUAUGGGUGGUUUAAGUAUACUGACCUCUGCACCGCUCAUGCCACCCUACGUCUGCUUCCUUUGUGCCAGUAAAGGGCAACAUGACAUGCUAUAUUGCCAAGUGUGCUGUGAGCCCUUCCACCAGUUUUGCCUUGAACCAGCAGAGCGCCCCUCUGAAGAGAACAAGGAAAACUGGUGUUGUCGUCGCUGCAAAUUCUGCCAUGUGUGCGGCAGGAAAAACAAGCACUCAAAGCCUUUGUUGGAGUGUGAACGAUGCCAGAACUGCUAUCAUGCUUCCUGUUUGGGACCCAACUAUCCAAAACAAAACAAGAAGAGAAAAGCUUGGGUUUGUAUGACAUGCAUCAGGUGUAAAAGUUGUGGCGUCACACCAGGUAAGAGCUGGGACACUGACUGGAACCACGACAAAGGCCUCUGUCCAGACUGUUCAAAACUCUAUGAACAGGGUAACUACUGUCCAAUCUGCUUCAAGUGCUAUGAGGACAAUGACUAUGACAGUCAGAUGAUGCAGUGUGGCACCUGCAACCACUGGGUACAUGCCAAGUGUGAGGAUCUAACAGAUGAGCUGUAUGAGAUCCUGUCCAGCCUGCCAGAGAGUGUAGUGUAUUCAUGUCGGCCAUGCAGUGUGACCCAGCCCAGUGCCUGGAGAGAGCUCCUCUACAUUGAGCUCAGGGCUGGGGUGGAGAAGGUUCUAGCUUGCUUGCUUUCCUCCACCCUCACCCAGCACCUUGUUACCUGCUCACAGUGUGAAAAAUUGGUCGAUCCUGACAGUGGAAUAGAAGGACAGCCAGCCUGUGACCUCCGAGCUGUAGGCAAGAAAUUUGACAAGGGCCUUUAUACUACGUUGAAAAUGUUCCAUGAAGAUGUGGUUCAGGUGGUACGAAAGAGGCUUGAGCAAGAAGAGGAUCUUCCAGAGGAGCGGAGGCCCACUGCCCUGGCACGCUCUUACUACUUAAAGCUCCUCGAGGAGGUAUUUAAUUGGUUCAACAGCCAAGACCCAAAGGUGUGGAACCCUUGUACCAAAGACUUGCCUAUGGGGAUGCUGUUCCAUGCUGUUCAUCCUCCAACUACAGAGCAUGUUUACGCUCAGUGGCAGGAGAGGGAGAGGGAGGAGCUCUCGUCCAGGGCUCCACUGGGGCUCGUGCAGGAGGACAAUGGACAAAGCUUAGAUUUAAAGGAAGAAGAGGCAGUUUCUCCGAUGUCUGGGGAGCCAACAAGCCAGAACCACUUCAAAACCAGCAGGGCUGUCAGGCUCAAAUUUAAAGGGAAAAGGGGCCGGCUUUCAAAAGCUGAUCUAGACACUGGAUGGUCUAAAGAUGAUGAGAGACAGUGCUCUUUGUGCCAAAAAUUUGGAGACCUCAAACCUAAUGAAGCAGGCAGGUUGCUGUACUUGGGCCAGAAUGAAUGGGCACAUGUCAACUGCUGUCUGUGGUCAGCUGAGGUGUUUGAAGAGGACAAUGGCUCUCUAUUACAUGUACACAGUGCUGUCACAAGAGGGCGCUUAAUGCGAUGUGAACGCUGCAACCAGACGGGUGCCACAGUGGGCUGCUGCCUGACAUCCUGUCAAAGCAACUAUCACUUCAUGUGUGCCCGCUCCCGUCACUGUGUGUUCCAGGAUGAUAAGAAGGUCUAUUGCUACAAACACAGACAUCUGAUCAGUGGCAGGAUGAUAGCUGGUCAAGAAUUCGAGGUAAACCGCAGGGUGUAUGUGGAUUUUGAGGGGAUCAGCCUCCGCAGAAAGUUCUUGACAGGACUGGAACCAGAACUGAUCAAUGUGAUGAUUGGUUCCUUACAAAUAGACAAACUAGGUGUGCUGACAGAACUUUCAGCUAGCAAAGGCAAACUGUGUCCUGUGGGUUUUCAGUGUUCUCGUUGGUACUGGAGUACAGUUAAUCCACUGCGCCGGUGCAAAUACACAUGUACAGUCAGGGAGGUCCGGCCCAUUGUGCCUGAGAAACCUGUUGAGGAGAUGCCUGACCAAGGAGACAACCGCACCAUUGCUCACAGCCCCUGUCCACUACCUGAAUCUGAAGCCCCAGAGACUGAUAUAACAGAAUCCCAACCGCCAAUGGAGGAAGGCUUUGUCCACGGACCUCCCUCCAAGUGUGAUCAUGGAGCAAGGCCAAAGAUUCCCAGUUAUCCUCAAACUAGAAGACCAGCUGGAGGAAUGUCCCGACCUCUUCCAUCCCCAGGGGUAGCCCAGUUGAAACCCCACCACAUAUUAACCAUAAGUGAUCUGGAGGAGACUAGAAGGGCUCGUCGCCAUAGCCCACACUCGCAAACACCAGGCCUACGCAGUCGCAUGUCGCCCCCUCCUCUCGGCCCUCUGCCUGGACCAAUUACCCUUCGUGCUGGAAAAUCUUCCCUUCCCACUUCCCCACUGUUUCCACUUGGUACAGACAACCUGAUAAGCUCUCCAUCAUCCCGCCCAGUCGGAGGUAGAAGUGCUUCCUCUGUCCGAUGCCCUGGAAAUACAAUGACCCAUUGUACCUCAUCUUUCUUUCCCCAGUCUCCCUGGCAGGAUAGUGCAGGAAGCUUUCCUUCUCCAAGUCUGUCUUUCUCUUCAUCCAUACAUUUACCCAGAACUCGAUUAUCAUUUGAUCUGAGCCAGUCAGACUCGGUCGAGGUGCCACACAACUUCUUAGCAUCACCAGAGCCUGAAGAUGUCUCUCCAGCAAAUGGUACGUCACCCCAGGGGGACUUAGACCAACAGAAGGAUGAAGAAGAAUUUCCCUACAGUUCAUUCCACAAAGAUCCCAGCCUGAGUCUGGGCCAAGAGAUGAGGACAGAACUGGAGAUUGAAGAGACACUCCUGAAUGAAGGCGUAGCAAUGAACUGUGGGGGGCAGAUAGUAGUUGAAGGUGAUGAUCAAGAGGAAUUUUGGGGAAGAGCCCAAGACGUCCACAAGAGGAAGACCCUUGUUGCCAACCUACCACGAUCUGCUGCCUCAGCCAGGGACGACUUAGGAAACACCUCUUCUGAUGAUGAUAUGGAGCACUAUUUUGAUUUCUCACGGACAAUAGUCAGUCGUCCCGUAUCAAAAGAUCUGUCCAAGUCUCCCUCCUCCCCUUCCUCCCGGCCUAUGGCUCAACUGGAUGGUGUUGACGACGGCACAGAAAGUGAUACAAGUAUAGCAACCAACGAAGAUCCUCAGAAAGUUGAGGGUUCUACUCAAGCUCGGAUACAAGCCAAAAACCUGAAUAAUAAAAAUGUCCCUGGAUCAGAAACUACAAACAACACAGAAGUUGUUCAGAGCCUGUUCCCCGAAGCAUCAUCCAAUGAUAAGCACACAGAUUCUUCAUCGGUUACCAUCUCGUCUGAAGCUUGUAAACCCCUGAAUUCAGAGCCUGACAGCAGCCAUUUUGUAUCGUCAACUGAGGGGUCUACUGUGUUAAUGAACCACUUAACAGGCAAUACAGUGGAACCCUCACUAGCGGAUGCUGCUGACACAAGUCAGGGCGCCUUGCUGGAUCUUCUUCAGCCCUCCCCUUUAAUGUCUACAGAUGUACAAAACUCCUCCCAAGGCCUUGUAGACUCCUUGCAGAUGUACUCCUGCUUACCUGGUUUCAGUCAGCCUCCUCUAACAAGUAUUACACUUCAGCCAGUAACACAAGAUUCAGCAACCUUCCCAUCCAUGGAGCCUCUGUCUACUAAAUUAACGACCCUCACUCCUGUUGGAGAUGUGACACAAACACUGCUAAAUGUUGCCCCUCAAAAUGAUCCAGUGCUAUCAACUACAUCAGGCACUUGUCCCCCAGCAGGAACUUGUGAAACUCUCUCUGUACCUAUCUACUCCACACAAACACAGCCGCUGGGUUCUACAGCUGUCACCAUUGUUUCUUCCUCUGCAUCAAUACCAUCUCUUUCUGGGCUGUCAGCGCAGUGUUCAACUGCUCCAACAGCAGUUCAAACCACCUCAGCCCCUGUGAUCCUAAAUGGUUACAGCUCUUCAUCUGUGCAGAAGGAAGCUGCAUCUGGUCACACGAUCUCCAUCAACUUUUCUACUCCCAGGCCAGCUUUAGAACCUCAACAGCCAGUGCUACCCCAGGCGUUACCUGGUCAUGCCAUUCUUACUGUGAAAGAGGUGGGAGGUCCAAAUGUGGAUCCUACGCCACACGUCCUGCUGGUGAACCGCCUUGGGCAGAUCUUUGUGAAGAAUCCAGAAAGCAACACUUUCCAGCUGCCCACUCCCAACUCCCCUUCCUAUAACUGUGUCACUCAGAUUGCAAGCCUUUUGCAAAGCAACGCACUGUCAGCCACACUAGCAGCAGCGGGUAACAUGACUGCUCCUCACCCUGGGGCAAACGUGGCGACAGCAGUUCCUCCGUCAGUUACACCGGCAGUUCAGAAUCCAACCACAAUUACGCAGCUGCUCGCUCACAACAGCAACGGUGCAGUGGCAUCAGUUAAUGUGAAGAAGCCAAGGAAGAAUGCAAAAACAUCAAAAGAUGAAGCUGCCCCAGAACUGAAUAAACCAAAGAAGAAAAAGGAGUCCAAUGCAUCCAAAAAGUCCAAGUCAUCCAAGGCCUCAGGACAGCCUGCUCUGUCAACUAAGAAUCCUCCCAUGACUCCUGCUGAAAGUGCCCAAGCAAUUAUAAAUCAAGCAAUGGCAAGUAACUACACCCCCAAGUGGAGUGGACUUCGAACACUUAGCCCCUCCUCACUUGUUUUGCCACCUGGUCUAUUAAUUGAACCGGAGCGUCAAGUGUCACCUCGCUCACCAUCACCAACACCAGCACCAGCUCCUGCUCCCCGCCCUCGUACCCACGUCCGCAUGAAAAGAGUGUCUUCACUUUCAGACCGUAUCGUCACAAAGAAGUCUAAAGUUGACUUCCUGCAGCCGGAACCCAUCAGUGAGGAUGAGGAGCGGCGCAGACCUGCCUGCCAAAGCAUCUCCAGCAGGGCUUCAGGAGUCCGCAUCAAGACACCAACAGUGAAAGAAGUACUAAACCUGGACGAGUUAAAGGAGGAGCACAUAAGUGAUUCUGAUAGCACAGGGUCAGAGCCUUGGGAUUACAUCUCCCGGGGUGAACAAGGCAAGCAGCAUGCUUGGGAACCAGUUGGACACAGCACCCUGACUGACUGGAAGAAAUACUCUGGUGCUGCUUUGCCCUCAGAUGAUGAAUCACCGCUGUCUGAAGAGGAUGAGGAAUGUCCAACUAACAGAGACCAACCACACUUACGAUUUGAGAUAACCAGUGAUGAUGGUUUCAGUGUAGAGGCGGACAGUAUCGAGGUGGCUUGGAAAGCAGUGAUAGACGGGGUGCAGGAGGCACGAGCAAUUGCGAGGCUGAGACCUCUUACCUUUCAGAGGAUCACUGGUGCCCGUAUGCUGGGUCUGGUCCAUGAUGCAGUGGUGUUCUUGCUAGAGCAACUUCAAGGAGCUCACCGUUGUCAUCGCCAUACCUUCCGUUUCUUCAAACUGUUCAGCCAAGAGGACGACUUGCCUGUCAAUCCAAGCGGCUGUGCCCGCUCCGAGCUCUAUCUUAGGAAGUCCACGUUUGACAUUUUUAACUUCCUGGCUUCCCAGCAUCGGCAGCUUCCUGAUAUUGGGCCUUAUGAUGAUGAGGAAGAUGAGGUUCUUUUGAAGUCCACAAGACGGGCAACUAGUUUGGAGUUGCCCAUGGCUAUGCGCUUCAGACAUCUAGAACGAACAUCCAAGGAGGCUGUAGGCGUCUACAGGUCUGCUAUCCAUGGCCGUGGUCUUUUCUGCAAGAGGAACAUUGAAGCGGGGGAGAUGGUUAUUGAAUAUGCAGGCAUAGUCAUCCGUUCAGUGCUCACUGACAAAAGGGAGAAGUACUACGAUGGCAAGGGUAUUGGCUGUUACAUGUUCCGCAUUGAUGACUUUGAUGUGGUGGAUGCAACGAUGCAUGGCAACGCAGCAAGAUUCAUCAACCACUCUUGUGAACCUAACUGCUACUCACGAGUGAUCAACGUGGAAGGCCGGAAGCAUAUCGUCAUCUUUGCUCUUAGGAAGAUCUACAGGGGAGAGGAGCUCACCUAUGACUACAAGUUCCCCAUUGAAGACGCCAGCAACAAACUCAACUGCAACUGUGGGGCCCGGCGAUGUAGGCGUUUCCUCAAUUGAGCGAUCACUUGAAUGAGAAGGGGAGGAUCCUGUUUACUAGUAAGCCUUAAAGUAAGGUGGCACUGGAUUGGGCUUGGGGAGGAGGUGGGCAGUCCACACAGCAAGGGAAUUAGCCACUAUGAGACCAGUCAAUAACAUUUGGCUAGUUAGAAGUGAUAUGUGGACAUUUUAUGGUUCGGAAAAUAAGAGGAAGAGAACCUGCACAGAAAAUUCAUUAACUUUUGAGAAGUUUGUGUUCACAAGGUUCUUCUGCCUGUGAGGAGUUCAGAUGUACAGCUGGCACAGCAAACUCACCCCAGCAGUUAAUAUUGUGGAGGCAGGACAACAAGACAUUUAAACCGGAAAUUUAAAAUAUGAGCGGCUCCUGGAUCUGUAUGAUCGACUCCAACAGAAUUUCUUUGAUACACACGUCAAGCCUUAUCUGUUUGAAUCAUUGCUGAAAACCUAUAGCUAGCAUUUGAGGGAUUCCUUAUACUUUUUAUUCAUUUCUAGGCGGGAGGGGUGUGUCUGUCUAUAGUACACUUGUAAUCACAAAUGCUCCAUCCUCCAGUGAUGGGAACAUUUAUAGCCCCAUCCGUGCAGUGGUGAAGUCAGUUAUUGAGCCAUACAUUCACCCACACCUUUAUUUGUGCGUUUUAUCUAACGGUUAACACUUCUCACGUUGUUAAUAUUUUUUCUUUUUAGACUUUUUUUUUCGUGAAUAACAGAACAACCAUGGUGCUAAGCUUUGAAAGGUCUUCAGCGUCUUUAGUUGGACUAAGAUGUCCUGCGAAUCAGGAAUUGUUUAGCUGUUUAUUCACCCUGCUGAGAUCAUGUAUCUUAAAUUUAUGCACUCAAGCAGUACUCUUACUGUUAUUGGAAUAUAGUGUCUGCUAGUUUUCAGACUUUAGGUCUGCUGUUUUUCUUCUCUUUUUCUCUUCCUGUGUGGAGUUAAAAAUAGAUUAUUGCAAUGUAAAAUUUUCUGUCAGUAGUGUCAUAUUUAUAAAGAUGGAAACAAGACACUUUUUUGUCUUGAUGUACAGUGUAUGUAGCAAACACUACCCAAGCCAAAAGUGAAGAGUUAUGGUGAAUAUCCGUUUUUUAAAUAUAUAUUUUAUUACUCUCAUGGCAGAUGCUCAUUACCUAUUGCAAUAAGACUUUGCUGCCCUACAGUUGCACAGAAAUAACCAUCAAACAUACAAAUUCUCUUCAUCUUUGUGAAACUUGCUACAGUUUAUCUCUUAAUCAGGGAUGGCACUGGUAUAAAGCAUCGCCACUGAGUGUGUGCAUUCAGCUCCUGCACCAGGCUUUUUAAGAACACGGUGCACAGACUUCCUAGAUGUUGCUGUUGCAAAAAAGUCAGUCUGAAAUGGAGCUGAGAGAAUGCACUCAGCACCUUAAAAUAAUGUUUAACGUUGUUCUUAGUCCAUGUUCAGUGCUGUCAUUGAUGAGGCUAAUUGAAUUCACACACUGUUUAAAUUGUAUAUUUAUUCAUGUUUUGAUUUAUACUUUUAAUGGUAAAAGGUUGUGCUUUGUAUAAACGGUGGCGGUCUAGUGUAUUAGGAGAUCUCCCCCAUUUGUAUCCUUUUUUUUUUUUUUUUUUUUUUUUUUUUUUUUAUUGUUUACAAAUGAUGUCCUUGGUUUCACUAAUUUACUUGAAUUUCCAUUUUGGGCAGUUAUGUCAUGCAUUUAAGCCUUUAUGACAAAUUGUUCUAAAGCAGGUAUUUUAAAAAAAAAAAAAUUAAAAAAAAAUCAUUUUUUUUAUUUUUUGUUAUGAUAGAUUACUGACGGUCUUAGAAUCAGCCACAGGAGUAAAGUGAGCACUGUUUGCCUUCCCAAGCCCAUGAUCAUCUUCUUUUUUUUUUCAACCCCUUUCGCUCCAAAAUUAGAGCAAAUUUCCAUCAUGUUUUGUCUUCAUCCCCUUUCCUUUUUGCAUGUCCAAUCACUGGGAUGGAGCCCAGAUUAACAUGUGUCAAUCACCUAGCUGACAAAAAGAGCAGAGUCACUCCCAACUCCUUGCAAGGAUUCUACCUCAGCUGUUUAGACAGAUGUUUGGGAAUACUGAUGCAAAACGAGAGGAUGAUAAUUUAAGAGUAGCUUGAUUUUAAUGUCCUGCAGAGCCUGUGUGUGUGUGUGUGUGUGUGUGUGUGUGUGUGUG